AUGACCAAGUUCGCUGUACGCCAAACCGAACUGCACAUGCAGGGCAUCAAAGACGAAACGAAUGAAACGCUGAAGAACCGCGAAGUCCUCUAUGUGUUGAUGAACCAUCAGUCGUUGGAGCUGGAGUUUGCGAAAGAAGUUGUUUGUCCUCCUAGCAGUGGACUGUUGGUGCUCUACGACAAGAACAUUGUAAAGCGAUUCCGUCGAGAUGAGCAUGAUUGGAAGAAGAAGAAGGACGGUAAAGCUGUUCGGGAGGAUCAUGAAAAGUUAAAGAUCGAUGGAGUGGAGAGGUUGACAUGCUGCUAUGCUCACUCAAAAGAAAUCCCAACCUUCCAUCGUCGGAUCUAUUGGCUCCUCCCUCAGCAGGAUGCGAAGGCUGCGGGUUCCUCGCCUUUUGAGGAGGGUAGGCAAGUGCUCGUGCACUACUUGGACGAGCGCUGUAUCCUUGGGGAUACUCCAGCUUCCAUAGGCAAGAGUCAAUCCAUGAAAUCGAUGACGAAGAGGAGCCGAGCUGAGAAGGCCCUGGACCUGAGGGGCGAGCUCUCAGCUGGUCGAGGAGCGCGAGCUGCUGUGGGCACGAAGAAGAAAGCUUGGGCCCAGAUUCUUGCCAGCUCAACUAAGCCUUGCUAUAACGAUCAUGAUACGGAUUCCAACGGGCGGGCUAGGCAGUCGAGCCUGACACGACUGCUUGAGGGGACUCCGAGGGUCAAGGAGGAGGCGGCACAAGAGCAUGUGGCUGGGUCACUCCUGACCAAGGAUCUGGCUCCUCAUCAUCCGCGGGAAGAGCCGUUUCCUUGCGGGCCGGAAGGGGCGAAUCGGGAAGACGCUUGGAAGCAUCUAGCCCAACAGGUUGUGUCCGCAGGUGCUUCAAGUGCUGCAGAGGAGGUGUCAAACUGGCACGACCUGAUCGUCAGCUCCAACUAUCAUGGUGAAGCAGCUGGAGAGGGCGAGCAGCAUGACGACGAGCAUGCUCCGGUCUGGCACAGCCUUGUGGACAAGGCGCUGCAGCAAGAGACGUCAAACUACGUCUGCAUGCAGUGGCAGCAGCUGACAGAGAAAGCUCAGUGCUCGCACUCUUCCCAUCCCUCUCAUCUCUCGCACUCCUCCCAUACCGGGAGCCUCUAUCCCUUCUGGGAAUCCUUCACCGAGAGGAUCUCUCAGACGGCGCAGAACCUCCAUGACGAGGACGCGGACAUCUCUGCUCUGCUCGCUCCUUCCGAUCACCAGGACAUCCUCGGUCCGCAGCCCUUCCACUGCUGUGAGACGAACCAGGGAGAGGAGGAGCCCCUUUCCUCCCUCCCCGACCUCCCCGACGCUCUCGCGGGGCAGCAGAGGGUCGGCAAACAUCCUCCUGGUCCUAUUGAAGCUGCUUCCAACCAUCAUGACCUCGAGUCCAACCAGCUCCGGCAUCUGCGGGACUGGGAGAGGAUGCUUGCGUGUCAUGAGAUCCAGCAGCAGCAGACCAGCAUGGACAUCGGCAGGGCGUUCGAUGCGCUGCAGGAGAGCGCAGCAGCUUCCUGCCAGGUUUACGAGCAGUGGCACAGCAUGGUGACGCAGGUAGGAUGUCUGGAGCGGGAAGGAGGAGGACGGGAGCAGUGUGAGAAGGGAUGGAGGAAGUUGAGGGGGAUGAAGAUGAAGAUGAUGGAAGGAGUAUGA